UCAAAAUGCUAAUUUCUUCAGGAUUAGGCCACAAGUUUUCAGUCAUGCACAAGUUACAGGAGGUGGGGAAUAAAGUGAAAAAUCUAGUUGCGAGAUUGUUGACGUGUCUCCUCCGGGCAUGUGAGCUCUCAGCUGUUUGAUGUGGAUGUGAUGCUCGUGAGAGACUUAAUUGGUUCCCUCUGUUAGUUGGCAUUUAUUUGACUAAAUCACCGCACCUUGUUUGCCUGUUCAGUUUCUUUUCUUUUUACCUUUUCCCAAUUCAUUUGCACCGUUGAUCUUGCUUAUGUGUUCAAGUGGAUUCUGCAAGAGGUGCCACCUGGUAUGCCCUGGAGAUGGGGUGCUUCAAUUCUAAGCCAAAUGAUGCUGGUGCGAUCAGAAGAAGACCUGGGAACAUAGGAGAGGUGGCUGUGUUUAUACCCGGAUUGCGAGUUCCUGAGAGCUUGGAGCUAUCGCAGCCGCUAAGCGAUGGUUUCCCGAGGAGGCUGGCUGAACGUUUGGCUGCGUUGAGGAGCCGAAUAGUGGUCAUGGCUGCUCAUGAGGCACUGUCAGUGACCAGGCCCAGGAAGCGCACCUUCACACAGCAUGGAGGAUCUACAUCAGCUGAUCUUCUGCAGGCUUUGGAAGAGUACUUGCCAGUUCUCCUAGGACUGGUGAAAGAGGGGAGCAACUUGGAAGAUAAGAUACAGUUUUCUUGGAUGAACCAAGAGGAUGAUGCAGAGGAGACGGCAUUGCCCAGUUCUUGGUAUGAGGUGUUGUCGGUUUUGCACAUGAUGGCUAUGCUGCGUUUAUCUCAAGCAAAUUCCCUGCUUCUUCCAAAGACAUCGCUUGAGGGAUACCAUACUAAAGUAUCUGAAGAUAACAAACGAGCUUCCGUUGAAAUAUUUCUCAAGGCAUCUGGGUUCUUGGAGUGUGCUAUCCAACAUGUUCUUCCUAGGAUAUCCCCAGAAAAUAGGAAAGGUCUCCCAGUGGACUUAUCUGAAGGAGUCCUGAAAGCUAUCUGCAUGCAAGCUCUUGGUCAAGCAAUUGAUGUCCAACUUGGGUUGGCAAUUGACAGUCCAAAGGCUACCCUGGCAGUGAAAAGGAGGUUAGCAUGUGAGAUGGUCAAGUGCUGGCAGCAGGCACACGAAAGUAUGGCGGAUUUACCUCUAAUUGAUAGCUGGGGUGAGAAGCACAGGCUAUUUGUGAAGUGGAAGUACAUCGAAGCAAAAGCUGCCGCGUACUAUUAUCAUGGUCUCAUCCUUGACGAAGGCAACACGGAGAAAUCCCGCAGGAUGGCCGUCGCAGCAUUGCAAUCUGCAGAGGAGUUGCUCAAGGAGAGCAAAGAUGUAGCAGAAGCCUUCCAUGCAGCACCUCCUGUUUCGAGAAGCCCUCCUGUUUGUGGAUCGAUGAAGUAUCUUCAUGACAAGAUCCAGAAGGACUCGUCCUGCAAAGUUCGCAUCAACAAGGACCUCUACAGCAACGACAGCAUCCAUGAGGCGGUGCCGCCGCUGCCGGACUUCGCGGUGGCUCUGAAACCCGAGGAGUAUCGGCUGCCUGCUGUCACAGUGGACGCAGCAAAUGGCUAGGGCAAGCUGCACAACGAUGAUCACCAUGUAAAGAGAUCGAUUUGAGUUGUGUAUGUAUGUAAAGAGAUCCAGGGCACCCAAGGGACUAUAGUAGGGCUCCCAUGACCACUUUCAUUUCUUUGGAUUGGAUUACCUAACAGCUUUUUACUAGCACAGAAUAACAACCAAUGUUCUUCACUUCUUCAGGAAUAGGGUAGUGAUAACAACAUGAUGAUCUGUAGUGUGCAAAUUGGUGAUCCUUAGAUGCAUCUCCAACCCUCUUUCAUUCAAAGUUUUAUACUAAUUAUCCAAAAUGAGAUCUGAUUUUAGAGAAAUAGUACAAAAUUUUAAACUAAAGAGGGUUAGAGGUGGAUCUAAGGAUCACUAAUUAACACCUCUAACGAUCUGUGUCCAUCCGUAUUAAUCAGUGUCAUGACAGUUAGUUGA